CACAGCUGAGAUUGGAACUUGGAAGCUCAAACCCUGAGCUGCCUAUGGAAAGCCAGGCAAGGCCGAUGCGGGUGCUGGUGACGGGCGGCAGGGGUCUGGUGGGUAGCGCUAUAGAACACGUGGUGAAGGUGGAAGGAGGUGCGAGAGAGGGCGAGGUGUGGAUCUUUCUCUCCUCCAAGGACGCCAAUCUGACGAACGUGGACGAGACGAGAGCGAUCUUUCAGAAACAUCAACCAACACAUAUUGUUCACCUGGCAGCCAUGGUGGGUGGCCUCUUCCUCCACCUCAGAGAGAACCUGGAUUUCUGGAGGAAGAACUCGGCUAUUAACGACAACGUUCUCCACACGGCUCAUCAGAUGGACGUGGUGAAGGUCGUCUCCUGUCUGUCCACCUGUAUUUUCCCAGAUCAAACCAGCUACCCCAUCGAUGAGACAAUGAUCCAUAACGGUCCUCCGCACCAGUCCAACUUCGGUUACGCCUACGCCAAGCGCAUGGUGGACGUCUACAACAGAGCCUGUUUCCAGCAGCAUGGACGUCGAUACACAGCCAUCAUUCCCACAAACAUCUUCGGUCCGCACGACAAUUUCAGCAUCGAGGACGGACACGUCGUUCCCGCGCUCAUCCACAAGACCUACCUGGCAAAAAGAGACGGUACGGCUCUGAGUGUCUGCGGAUCGGGCGCUGGGCUUCGUCAGUUCAUCUUCUCGCUGGAUUUGGCUCGUCUGUGCGUGUGGGUGCUGCGCGAGUACGACGAGAUCGAGCCCAUCAUCCUGUCAGUUGGAGAGGAGGACGAGGUGACCAUUAAGGACGCGGUCGACAUGAUUGUGGAAUCUUUCGGCUUCACCGGACCCGUAAUCUACGACACCGACAAAUCUGAUGGUCAGAUUAAGAAAACGGCGAGUAACACCAAACUGCGCCGCUACCUUCCAAACUUCACCUUCACCCCCUUCAGGAAAGCCAUUAAGGAGACGUGUGAUUGGUUUGCGGCGAAUUACGACGUCGCUCGCAAAUGAGGAAUCUGCCGAACACAAAAAAAAACCUGAAACACUUUACUCUACACCUCUCUCAAAACUCUGGGGUUCUGUAAAAGGCUUUAAAGGGGACGUGAAACACCCGUAACUUUGGGAAGAAUCAUGUAAAACGAUCCAACAAUAAAUUAUAAAAUAUUUAAUUAGUACUGAAUGAUGCUCCCCGCUCUGGAUCCCUGUAACGUUGAUGUUUCACGUCGCCUUUGUUAAUCACUCUGGUUCUGUGACUGUGACGGUUUGGGGUUUUUAUGUCUGUUUUAUUACACGUGUGUAUUUUUAUUUCCUCAUAAACUCAGAAUAAUAAACGAUAAGCAUCAGA